UUGGAUGCCCGUGAUCUUAGGGCCCUUAGAUGGCACUGCAUUACUGUAUAUAUUAUAUCGCAUGCUCAGUUAUACGGAAUCACUUCCAGUUCUAAUUUUAUUCAUUUAUUAAAUUGAAUGUAAUGUAAAUAAGGAAAAGGUUUUUAUUUUUUAUUUGUAGCUAAGAACUAAAUACACCAUGUUACAUUUAACCCUUUUAGAAAUAAUAUAAUCCAUGCAGACACAAAGGGAGAGAGGGGCGCCAUCUGUUGGUGAAAACUGUCUCUACAUCAGCUUGAGAUGCAGCAGAAGCAGCAUCUGCUCGGGAGCCGCGGGGCCUGCGAUAUUGUUGGUUGUUGGUAAUCAGCGAGUCUCCAGAUGUAGUCGAAGGAGCACCACCACGUUUCCCCCACUGGUCCACAUACCCCCCCACUGCAUGGCUUCGCCUGCUGGUGUCUCUCACCGCGUCUCCAUUGCCCCUGUCCUGCACACCCUCAUGCUGGGGUCUCAGGCCUCUCACAGACUGACCAAUGACUGCCUGGAUUGUUCUGCCGGUCAGCCUGUCUGCUUUCUCCAUCACAGGGAUAUGGAUUGUUUACGCCAUGGCAGUGAUGAACCACCAUGUCUGUCCGGUUGAGAACUGGUCAUACAAUUUGACAUGCACAGAGGAAACCGCAAAGAGGGGCUUCCCAAAGACCUGCUGUACUCUUCAAGACAUCCCCCUCAUCAGUAAAUGUGGUUGCUAUCCACCAGAGAGCUGUCUUUUCAGUUUGAUUGGCAAUGUUGGGGCCUUUAUGGUGGUUAUGGUGUGCAUGCUGCGUUAUGCUCAAGUGAUUGAACACAGCCAUCACUGCUGGACCAACACAAGUUCUUUGGUCUCUGGCUGCAUUAAUGCCCUUGGUUUGGUCAUGGUUGGCAAUUUUCAGGUCGAUCAUGCCAAGACGCUUCACUAUGUGGGAGCGGGUGUAGCGUUCCCCGCCGGCUUGCUGUUUGUGUGUCUGCAGUGUGUUCUGACGUACCGUAUCGCAGAGACCGCACUGGACUACUGGAUGGCUCAUGUGCGUGUGGCGCUCUCAGCUGGGGCUCUGGUAUCACUUGUUCUCAGUGGUAUCUUCUUCGUCCAUGAGAGUUUUGUAUUGCAGCACGCCGCAGCCAUCUGUGAAUGGGUCUUCACGGUUUUGGUCCUGGUGUACUACGGCACCUUCACCUAUGAGUUUGGCACUGUCAACAGCGAUACCUUGAUGGCGGCCUUAAUGAAGCGCAGUCAACAUCAUCAUCCAGGGUCAGCGGUCAUCAUGGGGGGUAUUGGGAAGGGUGUUGCAAUGGGAUGUGGUGCCCGCAGUCUAAAGUCACCUGGAGGCAGCAGCACUUCCACACACCUCAACUGUACACCAGAAAGCAUCGCCAUGCUUUAGGGGCUAACCACUACGGUAUUCUCUCAGACCUCAGCACACAGACUCUUCAACUGGCUCACAAAAUUUUUUGGCAAAACUGGUACAAGCAAUACAAUAGGUUUACAGACUUUUUGAUUAUAAUCUAAAAGUAAUGACCAGUCAGUCAUAACUUAAGGUAUUUUGCAUGUUAUUUUGCAUUAGUAUGUAAGAUUACUGAAACCACAGCCUCAAUAACCAGCACAGACAAUUCUUUCCCAUGAUUCAAGGGGCUUCUGAUAGAAAUGCUUUAGUUUUACAAAAAUGUUAUCUUAAAACCUCAAUAACUCAUUCUUAAGGCACAUUCAAUCGGACAGCAAUGAAACUAUUUAAGGUCAACAAGUGGAUUGUUGGUUGUUCGUAGCCUUCAUCAGGAAGUCACAUAGAGUGCUGCAGGGAUUAUGUAUUAUGUAGACCUGGAAACUUGGAGUUAGCAUAUUUACACUUCUGGUUCCAUUGUCCCAAAUCAAUGGGCUUUUGGUUAAUUGUCUGACAUAAUAUAUGUGGCUAACACAAGCUCGUGAUAUUUUCAUGUUUUAUUUUACAACAUAAAAAUACAUCGGUAAUAUAUGGAAGUAUGUUUCCGCCACUAAAUAAAAAAUUAAACCGUGUAAUUGUGACUUUUAUUUUGCAAUUCUGACUUUAUAACUCUCAAUUGCAAUUGUCUGAAUUGCGUGAUAUAAACUCACAGUUGCGAGUUAAACGAGAUGAUAUAAACAGUGGCAGAAGCGUGCUUCUAUAGUAAUGCCCCCUUAAAAAGAAGUUUUUAUUUGUCUUGGAAAAGGUGGUUGCUAACAAGUGGCUAAGUUGGACGAAUAUUAAUAUUGAUAUAAUAUAUAUAUUUACUUUUUUUUUCUUUUUAUAUUUAUGUCGAAAAUAUUAAAUGUCAUCUCUCUGAAAAGGAGAACUUGUGUACUCGCUUUUCCGCUUUUACAGCUUUGUUAUUUUUAUAAUCAUUCUCUCGAAAAUUAUUCUCACUCAAACUUUUAGGGAAAAUGUCGAUAAAAUAAAGACUGAAGGAGUUUUCAGAAGCUUAUUAAUGUAACGUUGAAGUCAUGUGACCUUGGUGUUAAGCGUUUAUAGCCUGUUUCACUUUUUUUCUUGUGAUUUGCAUUUAAAUUAAAAUUCAUAAAAGUAGUGUUCAUUUGUAAUCAAUGAAUUUAUAAUCAUGAUGAACAAAACGUUUAACAAUUACAAACUUUUGUUGGUCACAGAACUUAUUAUCUUGCAGUAGUCCAAAACCCAAUGGAAAAAUCCUGUUGGGUUUUUCUCAAGUGAACAAGGGUGAUGCUAACUUCCAGGCUGGCCUACACAAAUACGUCCUCACUGCAUUUCUCUAAUGGUAGUCGGUGCAUUGUAUCUCCACUCAGUUACAUUGUAGUUGCUAAAAACUAAUUUGUCGCAAAACUCUCAUGGUGCCAUUAAUCGCAAACUCCCAUUGAAAAUCAGGACACUUCGUCAGUGUGAAUCUGUUACAAAACUGAAAGCAAUACCAAGACACUUGUCUAGACAAAGAAGAUAAUUGGCUAAACCCAUGCAACCUUCCCUAACCCAUUUAAUCUGUAGAAACUGAUUACACAACAGGUCAAGCCAUCACUGUAGCAAUGGAGAUGUUAAGUCGGUUGCACCAGCUGUUGCUGCCAACAGUUGGGUUGCACUGAGGUUGAGGUUUAGUCACUUUACUUUAGUCAAAUAGCGAUACUUUUUAUUCAUACCUGAGAUGCAGGUGGUCCAUGUUUAUGUAUUCAAUCCAAGUGCUCAUAGCUUGGUUUGAUCAGGUGCUGUGGACCCUCAGUCACAUGGGCUCUAGAUGCCAUGGUGGCUGUACUGAAUGAGAUUUAAGAGCAUCUCUGUGCAGCCUUCUGAACAUGUUGGUGCUUUUGCCAAUUUCUUUUCAUCACUUAAUCUCAAAAAUGCCUGUAUUGAUUGGUUGCAUCACAGGUAUCUUGCGAAGAAAUUCCUAAUAUUUCAGCAUCACAAGAAAAAGGAUUUUGUGUCCAUUACUCUACUGUUUUGGUUUUUCACAUUUAGAAAUAUAAGGUGAUAUUCAUUUCUGGGGGCUUUUGAAUCUCUUGAUCCCUCAAGAUUGUUUUCUCGUUCACUUGAUAAACUGUAUUUCAGUGCUUUUGCAAGCAAAUGCAAAGUUUCUCUCGGAAGCACAAUACUUUCAUGAGAAAACAAAUGUUUUGCAAUCAAACGAAAUUUUUGUGACUGAAAUCACAUUUUAGCGGGUUGCAUAGAAACCCUCCUAAAGUUCUGGACUUGACAAUUUCAUGACAGGAAGUGCUUUGUGGGCAAGCACAUAUUGAUGCGAAUGUUGAGAUAGUAAAGCAAACAAUUGGUAGUCAAACUAUAUUUUCACUUCUUAGGUGGAUUUGGAGAUAGUUGUGUGUAAUAACGAAGACAACUUGUUUAUUUCUCCAACAUGCCUUGUUCCUGUCACUUCAGUAUUAAUCUAGCAUUAAGAGAGAAUCAGAGGUCUUAACCAGUUUUUUUUUGUGUUUAUUGUUUUUAAACAUUUACUAUUUAUGCUAUCAGAGCUGCUUGUAAAUGAAUGCCUUUAGCCGAGCAUAAUAUUGGAUUGAACAUGAGUACUGCAUUGAGACUGGGGUCAUAAUUAUGAAAUCUUCCUAAUCACUAUCCAAUCUUCAUUAUAACCUCAGUUCCUACACGUCAUUUGGUAAUAUAUAGAAUACUUAUAAGAAAUGCUCAUAAUAUAUUGGAAAUGAUGUAUAGUGCACUAAAGGGGAAAAACCGAAGUAUUUUUAGAUUUUUUUUGUUUUUGUGGACACGAAAUAAUAUGCUGUAUUUUGACUACACUGUAUUUUAGUUUUUAGAUAUUGCUUAAUUUGAAAGUUAUUAUAGAAACCAAUGAGAGUUGGUUAUGUGUUGUAUCUCUUUGUUUAUAAUUUAUUCUUUGUAAUGCCAGACAAUGAAACCAUGCAAUAUUCAACUUCUGCAAACAAGUAUACCUCUAUGAAGAUGUGGUGAGAUGUUCAGAGUCUCCUAAAGGAGCUGCUAAGAUGUGUGUUACUCAAGGUAUUUAUGUUGUUUCAUCUGUAGAUUUCCCGAGGUCUCAUGAAGCAUAUACCGGUGAGACCAUCAUUGCAGCUGUCGGAAUAAGGCCCUGAUCAUCUUUCAGGCCACAAUAAUUUAGUUACUUUUUGUUAAAUGGAAAAUUCCUAAAUUUGAUCUGUCAAAAGGGAAAGAAUUUCUAAAAACGGUUUUGUUCAGUAGACAGAUUCUCUGAUAAACUUGUGAAAUGGAAACUGAAAUCCAUUUAUCGACUUGUUACAUUUCAUACUGCAACUUUCUUUUGAGUUAUGAGCCAUUCUGCACCUUUCCUUAUCUGUCACAAGGGUUUUGUUUUGUGAAAUAAAAUGUACUUUCAUUUGAGAGACACUGUUCACUGAGAAGGUUGUUUGCUGCCAGCAUCACACUGUUUACAGCAGUUAUGUCAUGUUUAAUAUAGAAUUUAGGUGACAGAACACCUUAAUGCAAAAUAAAUGAAAUUUUACACACCAUGAAAGUAA